AUGUGCGAUCAACCUAUUCAAAUCGCAGUUCUUGGUGACAAGGGUGUUGGAAAAACUUCGAUCGUUCGACAAUGGCUGUCAAACGACUAUUCAUCGAUAUACUCUACCACGCGCUUAGCAACGUAUCAUUUUACAUCAUUAUUCAAUGGACAACGUUUGUUUCAUAUUCGCAUUAUUGACACACCUCGCUUUGAUGAAACGAAUAACACUGAUCCUCAACAGGAAUGGGUUCGAAUGUAUUGUUUUCGUCAAGCACACGUAUUUCUCUUAGUCUUUGAUGUUAAUCGAGAAGAAACAUUUAGCUACAUAAAGAGUAUUUAUCGUGAAAUCAUUCGUGUGCGACUCAAUUAUAAUAACAAUAAUUCUUAUUUACAACAAAACGCAGUUCAUCAUACUGAUAUAAUUAAUGACGAUGACGACCCGUCAUCCAUGGAUAUACCGGUGAUUGUUGUCGCUAAUAAAGUCGAUCUAAUUGCGACCGAUUUACAUUUUACUAAUUUCAAUCUUGCAAGUACUCGUGACAUCUUGCAGUACACAAAGAAAAAUCUCAAAGCAAAUACAAUUUUAUGUUCUGCGAAAUACCACUGGCAUUUAGUUUUAUUAUUCAAAGAAGUUUGUCACAUGCUAGAAACAGUUGAAGACACUGUCGCCAAACAAGCUGCACAACAAGCGAGACGACGCCUUCAACAACAUGGCAAACAUUGCCACAUAAUGUAA